AUGCAAGCAGAAGAUGACGGAUUCGGCAAGUGUUUCAACAGUGGCGAAGCAGCUGCAAAGGCACGCCGUAAGCAGCCGAAGCCUGUGGAGCCAGCAGAUCCAGCAGCUCUAGACGCGGGUAGUGAGGGAGAAGCUUCGUCUAGGGCCAAUGUGAGGAAACAGAAGUUCGAGGCGAAGCGAGAGAGAAAGAAGCUUGCAAAGGAUAAGAAAAAGACGGAUCAUGCGGCGUCAGCGGCUGCUGGAGCAACCAAGAAGUGUGCCGAUUGCAAAAAAGUCUUGCCCUUAGACGAGUUUUGGGAGGAUCAGGGGCGUUGCAAAACUUGCUCCAAAGAGAAGAAAUCCGUGAUUGACAUGGCCAAGCGCCAGGGGGAGCUAGAGUGGUUCAAGAGUUUGGACGAGAAAGGUCAGGUCGAUCUCAGCAAGGCCUACAAAAAGGCCAAGACUCAUGCUGAGAAAGACCGCACGAAGGUCAAGUUCUCAGUCAAGCGCUACAAAGAAAGUGUGCUCGCCAGCACCGGGCAUCGUGGAGAGAGGCGCAGGCGCCUCAUGAGCGAAGGUCAAUUCAUGUCAUGGGCCACCUCAGACGACGGUGACAACUUAAGCAAGCAACAGGCAAUCCUCAAGUGGGAGGAGAUGAAGGCAGACCCAGCAUUCAAGAAGGAGGGCCCAAAGGGCCCAAAGCAGAAGAUCUAUGUUCCAAUCCACAAAGACCUGAUCGACUAUGAAGAUGUCAGCCUGCUGCUCAUUUGUUUGUGUCUGCCUGCAGCUGAACAUGAGACGG